AUGGCGCUCCUGCUUCUCAUCUUCUGUAGCCUCUUAGGAUGCGCAUUCGGUCAGUGUGACCAGGACUGGAGGCCCUACAACGAAAGGUGUUACUUCUUCUCUGUCGACACCAAGACGUGGAGCGAUGCCCAGGCAGACUGCGAAGGGAAGGGGAGCAACUUGAUGAGCAUCCUAGACAUUCACGAGAGGACAUGGUUACGGACUCAACUUGGGUCCAACAUCUACUGGAUUGGCCUGAAUGACAUUGUCUCCGAGGGAGUGUGGGAAUGGAGCGACGGGAGUGUGUACUAUCCCUAUCUCUCGUACUGGAAGUCAGGGCAGCCGGACAACUGGGAUGACAAUGAAGACUGCGGUCAGGCGCAGGGGGAGAGCAAUGGCCAGUGGAAUGACGAGCCAUGCAAUACACGGCGCCGUUACAUCUGCAAGCGACUCAACCGUAAGCUCUCCUCACCACUAUGA